AGCCUAGCAGACGACGAUAGCAGACAACGCGUAGCUGGCGUUGCUCGCGGGCGCUCGAUCGCGAGCGUUUGAAUCGAGGAAGUUGUUGAGGAGUAUACAAGUCGUAGUGCUCGCGUGAAGUGUGCUGAGGUGUGUGAACGUCGUGUGGUACGUCGUAUAUACGAUCAGGCUAAAAACAACAAGCAGCGAGCGAGCAACAUACUUCCACGAUCAUGGAUCCCGAAGCGUUCCUGGACAUGGCCAAUCAGGUUAUCAAGCUGAAAAUGUUCCCGUAUUUCGACAUAGCACACUGCGUGCUGGUCGCAGCGCACGUCAGGGAUGAUCUAGGAACCGGUGCACAAGCAUUUUCCCGCAAACAUCCUUUAUCAUGUUGGCUGUCUACAAUGUUGUCCGUUUUUGCAAGCAGUAUGCUGUGCAAUGGAUUAUUAGGAGAACCAAUUCUUGCACCAUUGAAAAAUACACCACAAGUGGUAGUUGCAACUAUUGUGUGGUAUGUGAUAUUUUACACACCGUUUGACAUUGGAUAUAAGAUUGCCAAAUUUUUACCAGUUAAAAUAGUAUGUGCUGCUAUGAAAGAAAUUUAUAGGUGUAAAAAGGUGUACGAUGGAGUAACUCACGCAGGGAAACUUUAUCCAAAUGCAUAUCUUAUUAUGAUAUUGAUUGGAACGUUCAAAGGUAACGGAGCUGAAUUUACCAAAUUAUUUGAGCGUCUUAUACGUGGUGUAUGGACACCAACUGCGAUGGAAUUUAUGCAACCCAGUUUUCCUACGAAAGCAUCCAUGGUUGCAUCAAUAAUCUUUGUGUUAGAUAAGAAGACUGAUCUUAUUUCUGCACCUCAUGCUCUUGUGUAUUUUGGCAUUGUCAUCUUCUUCGUCUACUUCAAGUUAUCAUCAAUUUUGCUUGGCAUUCAUGAUCCAUUUGUGCCAUUUGAAAAUUUAUUCUGUGCUUUAUUUUUGGGAGGAAUUUGGGACUCAUUGGCUAGAUUGUUUGGUCGUGGUCAAGCUAAAGACGAGAAAGCGGACGCAAAGAAAACAAAUUAAAUAACAAAAACAUGAUUUCAUCAGAAGCGAGUAUUGAUUUCA